CAGUCUUCGACCGCCCUGCCCCCGACCUGCUAGGUUGCUGCGGCUCUCGACGUAUGUUUGGGGAUUUUGAACAUCUCUUUUUUUGUUAAACAAAAAAAAGAAGAAAAAAAACCACCCAACAUCGCCUGCGCAGUGCCAUUAUCCAGCUUGGGUUCUCUAUGUAUGAUACGGCAUCUAAUCUGCUAUGAGCGGGGAUCAGCCGGCUUCCAGCUUUGGAGAUCCAAACGCUCAGCCGCCCACGCCUAAACAAACUCCGACAUCUACCAUCUUACCGAGCCCCAUUUUCGAGACGCCAAAGACCAACCAGGGCCAGUUUGACGAGUCAAACGGCUGGACGCCUCGAUUUGCCGAAGAAUAUUCCGUCUUCAACACAACUCCGGGGAACCUCAGAGGCUCCCAGGGAUCGUUUGCCGACUUUGGCCCAACAUCCCCCUAUACCCUGGGUUCGGGCCAGAAACGCCCGCUGUCUGCUGGAGGAAUUGCCGCAGAGAUUGCUUCCCAUGUGAACCACUUCUCGCCGAAUCCCAACCUUCCGCCCGUCGACCCUUCGCAGAGACUGCAGUCGUCGCCGGCCACCUUGGACACUCCCUUGUUUAAUCGCUCCCCGGCCCCCGAACAGCGACCCGAUUCCCAGGGAAGGAGUGCAAAAAAGGCCCGCCGCGCCAAGGCCACCCGGGAUUCCCACGGCCAAACCGCAACACCACCCCCUUCGGCCCGCAAGGGCGAGCGCAACCUCGUGGCCAAGCUCGACACGGACAACGCCAUGCAAAAUGAUCAGGGCUUCGGCCAGCCAGAUUUCAUGGGUACGAACCACCACGGGGGCAUGGAUGGCUACGUGACCACGCCCACCGACGUGUUCGGAUACCCGCUCUCGGCCCCGGCGACGGCCCCGGCAUUUGGCGCCCAGCAGUCCUUUUGGAACCCCGAUGCCGGCAUGGGAGGUAUGGAUAUAGACUUCAACUCAAAUGGAGCUGGCGUUUUUCGGGCUCAACAUGCUUCGCAUCAACCACCGAGUGCAGCCGACUGGGGAAGGGCCAAUCAAAUGCUGCAGCACGCAGCAGGUAUCCCUGGCCAGCAUGGGCAAGGUAUUGAAGGUCACAGCCUCCCACUCGGCUCUCACCAAUCUCAGGUACACAGCGUUCCUCUAGGGUCUCAAGCGCCCAUGCAGACUCUCCAGGCGUCGUCGGCCGAGCAGCAAAUGUUUGCAGCGUCUUACGCGACGCAAAUGGAUGACCCCUUUGGCAUUGGUGUUGGCGGUGGAGUGGUGAAUCCCGGACUCAUCUUCAGCCGCCCUCCGUCUUCAAGCAUGGAUACGUCUUCCUUCAACGCUGUUAUGCAAACGCAGAACGCACCCGCCCCGAUGCCCUCUCAAGAAACCCGGGUAAGUGGUCGAGGGCCGGCCCUCGCAAAGGCCCCCGCGCGCAACGAGCUUCGGCGGUCGGCCAGCGAGAAGGAGCUGGACCCUAGUAGACAGAAUCAGGCCCCUGCCACUUCUCCGGUCAAGUCGUCGGGCCGUCCGGGACUCUCUCGUAGCUUCAGUGAGAACCGGGGAAAGAAGCAAACAGGGCGACCAAUACUGCCAACUUUAGCGCCGGCGCCCCGGCCGCGGUCACAAGCACAGUCACAACCGCAGCCACAACCUCAGCCACAGUCGCAGUCACAACCACAGCAGCAGCAGCAGCAGCCGCCAAUCCUUUCCAAUGGCGGCACCAACCGGCCAGUCGUAGUGCAGUCAAGUAGACCGAACGGGAGAAUCUCACCACUUAAGAGUAAUCACCACCAGCGGUUAUCGAGCUUGUCGUCAAUCCCGGAGACGGUCGGCCCACGGACAAGGACUCAGGCAAAAUUCACUAUCGAUUCCAACGGGCGAGCCCGUGUGGAGACGACGAUAAUCGUAGAUGACGAGCCGCCUCUUUCGAUUCGCAAGCGGCACAGUGCACAGCCUCUGUUGCGACGUCGACAAUGGGGCUCGUCCGAAGACGACGACGAUUCAUCGACAGACGACGAGCCAAUAAUCAUUCCCAGUAGGAACACAUCGUUUGCGCUACCCGACCCGCGGAAGCCAACCACAGUCCAUCCGUUCCACUACCCACAGCGGAGCGUCAGCGACCGCAGUACUACGUCAUACACGACCUUUCGGAGAGCGUCUCAGGGCGGUGGCGACAGCGAUGGGGAGACGGUGCUGAACGACGUGACCCCGACCGCCAAGCCGUCGGGGGACGCGGCGAGCGAGCUGCGGAAGCUGCGCGAAAGCCGGCAAAGACAGCUGUCGACAUCCAAGGCGAACUCGUUUGCCGCUGGCGGCCGCGGGACGGCCGGGUUCGCUGCCAGCUUUGCUAGGGGGCAUAAUAACAACGUUUCGCCAACCGCCGUGACUGAGGCGAGCCUGCCUACGCCGUCGACGGAUUCGAGAACGCGCGGCUUCCACUGCGUGUGCAACCGGUCUGAAACCGACUGGGAGAACGACCUCAUGGUUCAAUGCGAAUCAUGUGAGAUGUGGAGUCACGGACAGUGCGUAAACAUUCCCUCGGAACGGAUGAUGCCUUCGAUCUACAUCUGUGCGUACUGCGCAAACACGCCCAACAUGCGCGGAGGCCGGAUCCGAGACACCGGCCGCAUUUCGGGAGGGGCAAUAGGGCCCCGUUCGCCGCUCGCACACAAGUCGUUCAAAUCCUUCCGCUGAGAUGAUCAAACUUGUCGUCUUUUGGCUCGGAGCUAAAUCACGCCAGUUCCGGCGUGCCAGUUGUUUCAGGGUUUUGGUGUCGACGACCUUGAGUUGCAGUUGUUUAGGGAACAAACCAGCCCAGGCCGCGCGAAUGUAAUGACUAU